UCUCUUCCUUCACUAUAAAUAUUAAUCCUCCAUCUGCUAAGUUUUCAUGAGAUUUCUUAACAAAAUCACUUGAUCCCCCUCUCUGGCUAAAACCCUUUAGCUUGUUUCUUUGACAUGGCAACGCUGAUACGUUUGAUGAGCUUAUGGCUCCUGGUAUCUGUGGCCUCCAUGUCAUGGGCUGUUCCCUUGGAUGUCAACUUUCAAGCACAGGUCCAAACAGAAUGUAGCUUCACUCGAUACCCUAGCCUCUGUAAAAAAACCUUAAUGGAGUCGAGGGAUCAUCCUCUUCAUGUUAUAUCUGCUCUUGUUAACAAGACAGUUUCAGAGACCAAUCUGCCAAGAACCUAUCUCCAAACAAUGAGCUCCCAGUUGGAAAUCCAAGAUUUUCAACUUGCUAAAUCCGUCACAGAUUAUUGUGAAAAGCUUGUCAGGUUGUCGCUGAAACAGCUAGACCGGUCGCUGUCGGCAUUGAAAGAAUCUCCAAGAAAGAACAAGAACGACAUCCAAACCUGGCUAAGUGCAGCCUUGACCUUCCAACAAUCCUGCAAAGAUUCUACCGCCGGUGUCGGCAACUCCCAAAUUUCCCGUAAAAUGGAUUAUCUCACCCAGUUGGUCAGCAACCCUUUAGCUCUUAUCAACAGGAUUACUGGUAAUAAUUCUAAGCUUAAAAAUAACACCAGAAGUAGACGUCUAGGAGAGGAAAUAAAAGAUUUUCCCAAGUGGGUAUCAGCGAAAGAUCGUAAACUCCUCCAAAGUAGCAUCAUCAAGGCGAAUGCAGUGGUUGCCAAAGACGGAACAGGCAACUAUAGAACGAUUUCAGAAGCUAUCAAAGCUGCCAGUGGGGGUAGGUUUGUGAUAUAUGUGAAGGCAGGAGUUUACAAAGAGAAAAUUCACACCAAUAAAGAUGGUAUUACUUUGAUCGGAGACGGUAAAUACUCCACUGUCAUCACCGGUGAUGACAGUGUCGCCGGAGGUUCCUCCAUGCCUGGCUCUGCCACAUUCACAAUUACAGGCGAUGGAUUCAUAGCUCGAGACAUUGGCUUUGAGAACACGGCAGGACCCCGUGGAGAACAAGCUUUAGCUUUAUACAUUGCAUCUGAUCAUUCAGUUCUCUACAGAUGCAGCAUAGCAGGUUACCAAGACACCUUAUUUGCACAGGCACUUCGUCAAUUCUACAGAGAAUGCGACAUUUAUGGCACAAUAGACUUCAUCUUCGGCAACGCAGCUGCUAUUUUCCAGAAUUGCUACGUGGUGCUUCGCCGGCCGCGUGAGGGAGCUUACAAUGUAAUUCUAGCCAAUGGAAGAACAGAUCCUGGACAAAAUACUGGCUUUUCUCUUCAGAAUUGCAGGAUAACAGCGAGCUCAGAUUUUUCUCCUGUUAAACACAACUACGAAUCAUAUCUAGGCAGGCCCUGGAAGGAAUAUUCACGGGCAGUGAUAAUGGAAUCAAGCAUAGAUGAUGCUAUACAUUCAAGGGGAUGGAUAGAGUGGCCUGGUGAAAGAUCCUAUUAUAAAACACUCUACUUUGCAGAGUACAUGAACACAGGCCCUGGAGCUGGAACUUCAAAGAGAGUAAAUUGGCCUGGAUUUCAUGUUAUUGGAGCACAAGAGGCUGUCAAGUUUACUGUUGGCAAUUUUAUUGGAGGAACAUCUUGGCUGCCUUCUACUGGAGUGACCUUUAUAUCAGGUCUACUCUGAAAAUUAAUGUGUAUUACUUAAUUGUGUAGAAAAGAAGCAAUAUAGGAUAAGCUCAGAGGAGUCGACCUACUGUUGCUCAACCUUGUUACAUCUGUAGUCUCUGAAAUCUGCAAGUCUAUAGGAAUAAUUGUGUAGAAAUGAUUUGUUAUACCUACAACUUUUGUAAUGAAUAAUUUUUUCACUUUA